AUGGCGAAAACACUCUUGAUUCUGGGCGGAUAUGGAAACACAGGGAAGCUCAUUGCCAACUUGCUCCUGGAGAUACGCAAAGAUACUUCCAUUGUCCUUGCGGGACGCAACUUGGCUGAAGCCCAAAAAGAAACCGAUCGACUCAACCAAGCCUUUGAAGGGCAUCGUGUCUUCGCAAGGCAAGUGGAUGCCUCUUCAGCGACAAGCUUGCAAGCCGCCUUGAGUGAUGAUGUCGAUGUGCUGGUCGUAGCAUCCAGUACAACGGCCUUGACCCAGCAGGUCAUGCAAGCCGCAAUUGAUGUCAAUGUUGACUACUACGAUAUUCAAUACAGUGAUUCGCAUCGACUAGAAGUCUUGGAAUCCCUCAAAUCUGACAUUGAAUCGUCAGGAAAGACAUUUGUCGUGGAAGGAGGCUUUCACCCGGGAGUUCCUGCCGCUCUUGUGCGCUAUGCUGCGACACAGCUGGAUCAUGUAGUCGAGGCGGAUGUGUAUGGCAACAUUUCAGAGAAUUGGAAAGAAGUGCAUGUACGCAAGGAAACUGAAGAAGAGUUCUUUGGUCAAAUGACGGAAAUGAAGAGCGAUAUCUACUCGAAUGGAAAAUGGGAGGCACAGGGCUGGCAAGUCGUCCGCGACUAUGAGUUUGCAGAACCCUUUCACAAGCGAGCAUGCGCCCCCAUGUUUCUCAAUGAAUUACGCAGUCUCCCGACCCUUCUUCCCAGUCUGGAGCAUGUCGGCUUUUGGAUUACGGGCUUCGAUCCAGUGUCGACGUUUGUCGCUUUGCCCCUAUCCUUGGGUGUCAGCGCUCUUUUCCCCAAGACAAUGACAAAGCCCAUGGCCCGGUUUUUCACGUGGAGCUUGAAGACCUUUUCGAGACCGCCCUAUGGAACUAUGCUCGCUCUGGAAGCGCACGACGCACGCAAGGAAAAACAGCAGAACCCUUCCAAGCUGCACGUCACCAUUGGGCAUCAAGACAGCUACUUUCUGACGGCCGUGGCAGCUGUGGCUGGUCUUUUGCAAUUGUUGGACGACGACACCAAGACCACGCCUGGAUUGCAUUGUCAGGCGCACUUUGUCGACCCAGAGCGCUUUGUAUCUGAUUUGGAGCGCUUAGGACUCAAUGUCACAAUCAAGAAGACAACCUAA